ACCUUAUUCUUCUGUACUCCUCAUCGCACUGAAUAGCUUCUUUCAUACAACACAUUAAAUAUCUACAUUGCUAACAUGUCAGCUGGUAAGCGUCCAUCGCAACCAAAGGAAUGCAAACGAGGGCUGACAAUCACCAUAGCACAAAACCGACUUGGACAGGUUUCCAGCCAUUUGGCUGGCUCGCGGAGCUCUAUCGCACCCCAGGCCUCUAUUACACCAGUAGUAGGUAAUAGCGGCCGCGCAAAGCUUUUAGAGAAGCAUCCAGAUGAUGUAUGGCCAACCAUUCGCUUCAGAAAGCGUAUCUUAAGUCCUUGCUAACAUUCUCCAUUCCAGGUCGUCGUAACAGCUUGUCUCCGUACCGCAUUCACAAAGGGUGGCAAAGGAGGAUUUAAAGAUACAGCAGCAGCAGAUUUACUAGUUGGCGCAUUCAAAUCUCUCAUCGAACGAUCCAAAAUUGACCCUGGGUUGGUUGAGGACAUAGCUGUUGGAUCUGUACUUCCUCCUGGAGGUGGCGCUACGGAGUUCCGUGCCGCUGCUUUGGCUGCAGGAUUUCCUGUAUCUGCGGCGGUAAAGAGCUUGAACAGACAAUGUUCAUCUGGUUUACAAGCAUGCGUAGAUAUCGCGAAUGCCAUCAAGAGCGGAAUGAUUGAUGUUGGUGUUGGUGCAGGUGUCGAAAGCAUGAGUUUACAAUACGGGUAUGGCCUACUCGCUUGUCAUUUUGUGUGCACAAUCAAGCUAAUUAUAAAUUCACAGACCCGGCGCCGUAACAGAAUUUUCGGAACUUCUCGAAUCUCACCCAGAAUCCGCAAACUGCAAAGUGCCUAUGGGUGUUCUUUCCGAGAAGAUGGCUAAAAACAAGGGGGUCUCUCGCGCUGUACAGGACGCGUUUGCGGCUUCAUCAUACCAAAAGGCACUUAAGGCCCAACAAGAUGGUCUUUUUGACGAGGAAAUUGCCCCUUUGACUGUCAAAUGGGAGGACCCUAAAACUGGCGAAACAAAGGAAAUAACUGUUGCCAAGGAUGAUGGUAUCCGACCAGGUAUCACAGCUGAGAGCUUGGGCAAAAUUAAGCCUGCUUUCGCAAAGGAUGGUAGCAUCCAUGCUGGAAAUGCUUCUCAAAUCUCAGAUGGAGCUGCCGCAGUUCUUUUGAUGAAGCGUUCCACAGCCGAAAAGCUUGGUCAAACCAUCCUUGGUAAAUACGUCGCCGCAUCUGUUGCAGGUGUACCUCCCCUCCUUAUGGGUAUUGGCCCUUGGGCUGCUAUCCCUAAGGUCUUUGAGAAGACCGGUAUCAACAAGGAUGAUGUAGAUAUUUUCGAGAUCAAUGAAGCAUUUGCAAGUCAAUGUGUUUGGUGCGCAAAUGAGUUGGGACUUGAUCAAAAGAAAAUCAAUCCAAAGGGUGGUGCGAUUGCUUUUGGCCAUCCUCUCGGAUGUACCGGAGCAAGACAAGUCAGCACAUUAUUGUAUGAAUUGAGAAGGACAAAGCAAAAGGUUGGUGUGACUAGUAUGUGUGUUGGAACUGGCAUGGGUAUGGCUGCUCUUUGGGUCGCUGAGUAGAGGUUAGCGGAUACUUUCAGGAUUAUAGGAUUUGGUAUAUGGUUAAGGGCAAAUAACAGUCUUGGGAGAAGGUUCAUGGCGAAUGGUUGUACAUGUAUAUUAGCAAGGCAUUGGAAGCCUAUGCAUAGAAUGGAUUUUAUUCACACAUAAACGCCUCCUC